AUGUACGCAUCUGAGAUCCAAUUUGUUGUCGGGCUUUCCGGGUAUUUCGUGAAAGACCUCCAAGCAGUCCGACAGAGUCCAACAUAUGAUCCACUGAUUGACAAUGUACCCCCCCAAACACCCGGUUUCAAGAGCGUAGUACAAGCCGGCCAGGCUAUCUCUAUCCUCCUACAUCUCCCAAAUGGGACAAUUGCAGUGGGCGACUGUGCCGACGUGAUCUUUUCCGGGGCUGCGUCUCGGGAUCCCCUCUUCAUCGCCGAAGAGCACCUCCCUAUCUUAGAGUCUGUCGUCAAACCUCGGCUCCUUACAUGCGACCUUGCUCGAUUCCGAGAAAAUGCAAUCAGAAUGGAUGGGCCCUGGCCUGAGUUGCAGCAGGCCAAAUUGCAUUCCGCCGUGAGAUAUGGCAUCACGCAGGCGCUCCUCGCCGCCACUGCAUUAGUGCAUCGAUGUACUAUGGCUGAGAUCAUAUCGCGCGAAUGGGGGACUGCACUGUCACGCCAUCCGAUUGAUAUUCUGGCCUCUUGUCACAGGAACGAUCACCUACAACUGGACCGAAUGAUUAUGAAACGGGUCCCAAUGCUUCCCCAUGCCUCCUUCGUGCAUGUCCACGACAUAGGACCUAACGGCAAAACUUUGAUAGAUUACGUCAAGACAGUAUCUCAACGUGUUCAGGAGCGAGGAAGCCCUGGAUACCGUCCUCGACUCCACUUCGAUGUCUACGGAACAAUUGGUGAUCUCUUUCCCGACAAUGACAGCCUGGCGUCUUUCCUUUCCCAGGUACAGCGAUCCGCCCAGCCAUACGAUCUGCUCAUUGAAUCCCCGGUCAUCGCGCCUACUCAGUCCGAGCAAAUACGACGACUGGCAGAUCUACGGCAACUCCUGCGAGCGCGCUCGAUUCACGUCCAGAUUGUCGCCGACGAAUGGUGCAAUACGCUAGAGGAUAUUCGCAAAUUCGCUGAUGCGGGCGCCGUGGACUACGUGCAGAUCAAGAUGCCUGAUCUGGGAGGGGUACAUAACAGCAUUGACGCCGUACUUUAUUGCCAGGACAAGGGCGUGGGCUGCUGUCUUGGAGGAUCGGCCAAUGAAACUGACGUUUCUGCCCGGGUUACGGCGCAUGUUGCCUUGGCCACGAAACCGGGCUUUCUGCUCUCGAAGCCUGGGAUUGGCGCUGAUGAGGGCGUCAUGAUCCUUACGAAUGAGAUGUUGCGUGCGUCUGCCGUGGCCUGGAGGACGAGGGCGCAUAAGUUGUAA